GAUGGAAGAAUCUCAUUUCAACUCCUCCCCGUACUUCUGGCCAGCAGUGCCCACUGUCUCGGGACAGAUUGAGAACACCAUGUUUAUUAACAAGAUGAAGGAGCAGCUCUUGCCCACAGAGAAGGGUUGCAGCCUGGCUCCCCCCCACUACCCUGCCUUGCUGACAGUACCCACCUCUGUGGCCCUGUCCACCGGCAUCACCAUGGACUCAGACACCAAGCCGGAGCAGCUGACACCACACAGCCAAGCCCCUGUGACUCAGAACAUCACCGUGGUACCAGUGCAGUCUGCUGGACUCAUGACAGCAGGUCCAGGUCUGGUGAUAACUUCCCCAUCAGGUUCCCUGGUGACCACAGCCACCUCUGCCCAAACCUUUCCCAUCUCAGCUCCCAUGAUUGUCUCUGCGCUCCCCCCUGGCUCGCAGGCAGCCCUCCAGGUGGUUCCUGACCUGUCAAAGAAGGGGGCAACCACCCUGUCGGAAGGUGCUGGGGGUGGCGGGGCCGGGGGAGUUGCCCCCAAGCCGCCGCGGGGCCGUAAGAAGAAACGAUUGCAGGAGUCAGGGCUGCCGGAGAUGAGCGACCCCUUCGUGCUGUCCAACGUGGAGGAGGAGGACCAGCACAAGGAUGGCAAGACAUACAGGUGCCGGAUGUGUUCGCUGACCUUCUACUCCAAGUCGGAGAUGCAGAUCCACUCCAAGUCCCAUACGGAGACAAAGCCACACAAGUGUCCUCACUGCUCCAAGAGCUUCGCCAACAGCUCCUACCUGGCCCAGCACAUUCGCAUCCACUCGGGGGCCAAGCCCUACACGUGCAGCUACUGCCAGAAGGCCUUCCGCCAGCUCUCCCACCUGCAGCAGCACACACGGAUCCACUCCAAGCUCCACACGGCGAUUGUCAAGCCGCACAAGUGUCCUCACUGCUCCAAGAGCUUCGCCAACACAUCCUACCUGGCCCAGCACCUCCGCAUCCACUCGGGGGCCAAGCCCUACACCUGCCGCUACUGCCAGAAGGCCUUCCGCCAGCUCUCCCACCUGCAGCAGCACACACGUAUCCACACUGGGGACCGACCCUACAAAUGCGCUCACCCUGGGUGUGAAAAGGCUUUCACCCAGCUUUCCAACCUGCAGUCCCACAGGCGGCAGCACAACAAAGACAAACCUUUCAAGUGCCACAACUGCCACCGUGCAUACACGGAUGCUGCCUCCCUGGAGGUGCACCUGGCUACGCACACAGUGAAGCACGCCAAGGUCUACACCUGCUCCAUCUGCAGCCGGGCCUACACCUCGGAGACCUACCUGAUGAAGCACAUGAGGAAACACAACAUCCCUGACCCACAGCAGCAGGUGGUUCAGGCGCAAGCCCAGGCCUCGCAGCAGCAGCAGCACUUCCAGCCGCAGGGCGGGGGGGCAGCAGGAGGCCCUUCUGGAGACACUAACCAACCCAACCCUCCCCCCCAGUGCUCCUUUGACCUGACUCCUUACAAGACUUCAGAGCAUCACAAGGACAUCUGCCUCACUGUCAGCACCAGCGCCAUCCAAGUGGAGCACCUCUCCAGCUCCUAGA